AUGUCAGGUCCUCCACCUCCUUACGAAGAGCAAAGCUCACAUCUUUACGGCCAGCCUGCGAGCAGCCAGGAUGGAAACGCUUUCAUCCCGGAAGACUUUAAAUAUUCCACGGUGGUUAUCUCGUGCGAACCCAUCAUUCGCCAGCGGUUUAUGCACAAGGUUUACUCUCUGCUGUCAUGCCAGUUACUGGCCAGUUUGUCGUUCUGCUACUGGGCUAGCGUUUCCACUUCUUUGCAGAACUUUAUCAUGUCGCAUAUCGCCCUCUUCUACAUCUGCAUGGUGGUAUCGCUAGUAUCGUGCAUUUGGCUGGCAGUAAGUCCUCGUCCCGAAGACUACGAGGCCAGUGUUCCCGAACCGUUGCUCACGGGCAGCAGCGAAGAGCCGGCACAAGAGCAAAGGCGUCUGCCUUGGUACGUCUUGUCCUCGUACAAGCAAAAGCUCACGCUGCUCUCCAUUUUCACUCUUUCCGAGGCUUACUGUCUGUCGCUGGUAACCUUAGCGUACGAUAAGGAUACAGUACUUUCGGCUCUGCUGAUCACCACCAUCGUCGUAGUCGGCGUUUCCUUGACCGCACUAUCAGAGAGAUUCGAGAACGUGCUGAAUUCCGCAACGUCAAUAUACUAUUGGUUAAACUGGGGUCUAUGGAUUAUGAUCGGAAUGGGUCUCACGGCCUUGCUUUUCGGCUGGAAUACCCACUCUUCCAAGUUUAAUCUGCUUUACGGCUGGCUUGGUGCCAUUUUAUUUACCGCGUAUCUUUUCAUCGAUACGCAACUGAUUUUUAGGAAAGUGUAUCCUGAUGAAGAAGUUAGAUGCGCCAUGAUGCUUUACCUGGACAUCGUCAAUUUGUUUUUGUCUAUUUUAAGGAUUUUGGCCAACUCUAACGACGACAAUUAA